AUGGAUAUGGAUAUGGAUAGACGAGAAAAUCGAAGUUUGAAAUUUGAGAAUGAGAUGUUGAAAGAAAAAAUUGCAAAAUAUGAACUCGGAAUUGUAACCAUUCAAAAUCAAGUGAGUUCUUAUUUUUCUAUCUUUUUGUAUUGACAAGUUAUAGGACCCGAAAAAACCAAAAAGAGCAAAGUUAGCUCGUGUUCUUUAGAUUUUUUAACGUUUUUUGUCCUUAAUGUCCUAAUAAGGCUUAAUUUCUUAUGAAUUAUUGGAAUACUUUCAACCCGAUUCUGGAAACCUAUUUCAUAUAUGUUUUCAGAAAGAAAAAUUGAUAGAUGGAUAUCGAUCAAAAAACAACAAUUUGCUAACCGAACUCAAAAAACAAAUUGAUAAAGUCUCGAAAUUAGAAACAAUUUCAUUCAACAAAGAUGUAAAAAUUGAUGAAUUAACGAGAGAUGUUGGAAAUUUGAGGAGUUGUGUUGAAGUAAGUUAAAAUUUGGCGGGAUUUCAUUAUUAUGGGAUAAUUAUAUUUUAUAUUAAAAAUUAUAUAAUAACAUUUCGCUGUUUCAAGAAUUUAAAAAAUCAAAAUUUUUCGAAAAAAAGAUUCAAUAUUUCUAAUAGAAAUAUUUGGAUUAUUACCAAAAAAUCCAGUGUACAUAUUUGUUUUCAUUUUAUAGUUGAAUCAAGAAGAAAAAAGGAAACUGGAAAUGCAAGUUGCUGGAACACGUUCAAAUGAUGAACAGAUGUUCGAAUUGCAGCAAUUGGCACAAUACCACAAAAACGAAAGUAUCUCUUUGAAAAUUGAAUUGAACAACCUUCGAAGUUUGCUGAAAUCGUCACAAGAAAAUGGAGCGAGACUGGAAGAAAAGCUCAAAUCAACACAAAUGAAAUUGGAAGAGAUGGAGAAGAGUUUGGUAAGUUAACUUGAAAUUUGAAUAGUUUUAAAGCAAAGUUAAAGGCUCUUUCUGGAAACGCUUCGAAUUCUGUUAAUUUGUAUGAGGAGAAGAAGGCGGAAUUGAAGCGAGAAGUUUUGCAAGAAGUUCAUCAUGCGAAUGAGGAAUUGCAGUGAGUUGCUUAAAUUUGAAAUUUGAAUUUUUGGCGCGAAAAUUGCAUUAUAUCGAAAUAUAACAGAAAAAAUUCUUGAAAAAUCGUUAAAAUUAGCUGAAUUUUCUAUUUUUCGCCAAAUUUUCAGAUGUUUCAGAACCCUCGAUUUUUCUAGGCCACCAAAAAAUAUAGUUGGGUUUCUAGGCCAUCUCAAAGAUUUCUAGGUCACCAAAAUUGUGAAUUUGGAUUUCUAGGUCACCAAAAUUGUGAAUUUGGUGUUCUAGGCCAUCUCAAAGAUUUCUAUGUAGGCCAUAUUAGAAGCUUCUAAUUUUCAGAUAUUUUUUCAAGCCCUCAAAAACCGAUUUCCAGAAAAUUCUUGAACAAUGCUGGAUAUACCGAUCUUCGUUGGAUGCUAUCUGAAAAUGGUAAAGACAGUGAGCAAAUGUUUGAACUACCUGAAAUGUUAUUGGAAAGAAAUGCUGAAUUGACUGCACAACCAGAUGCGAUUCCAGCAUUGCUGAAAAAAUUGAGAGGUAUUUUAUAAGUUUGGGGGUCUAGGCCACCAAAAUGGCAUAUUUGGGUUUCUAGGCCAUCUCAAAGAAUUAUAGGCCACCAAAGCUAAACAUAUUUUCUUUUUUUCAGAAAGUUGUGAUACUUCUCGUGUUGCUGAAGCCAAAUUGAAUGAGCUGAUUGGGAAAUUGAGAUUGAUUGAUUUGCCAAGAUUGGUGAGAUUUUGAACAAAAUUCAAAAAACAUUCAAAAAAUCUUUUAGAAAAAUGACAAGGAAUAUAUUUUGAUAUCAAAAGAUUUGGAUAAAUUGCACGAGCAUUUGACACAUGCAAAAUUCAAUAAUGUUGAGUUGAACAAAGCAAUUGCGGCACAUUCAUCGAAUUUACAAAUUCUGAGUUCACCACUGUCUGAAAUUCGCCGAAAACUUUUGCCGCAAAAAUCUGAAACGGCAACAAAAUCGAAAGAAGAUCAAUAUUUGAAGAGAAUCAUUGAGAAAAUUGAGGAGAUGAGAAAGGAACGAGCAAAAUUGUUGGAUGAAUUGGAAGUUGAACUAAAUCAGGAUGAUAUUUCGAAAAAACUCUUGGAUCAACGAGGUUUAUCACAUGAAGAAAUAUUCAAGAAAGAGUUGAGAAAACAUGACGGGACUAUCAAAUGUUUCCGGAUGAAUUUGAGGGAUCAGGAGAAGAUUUUGAAUACGUUAGCGAACGUUGAUUUUUGUGACGAGAGGAUCAAUAAGAAUCGUGAGGAUUUCAACAAACACGUUAUGAUUUUGUUGACGGCUUAUGAUUGUUUCAAAGAUGUUUCGAAUAAAAUUGCCAAUGCUGAGAAGUUUUAUCGACAAUUGAUGGAGAGAUGUGAUCAGAUUGGUAUUUCGAUUCAGGCGAUGGAAAAUCAGUGUGAGUUGAGAUGCGGAAUGCGGAAGGUUUCCGGGAUUUUUUGAGGCGCAAUAUUCAGAAAAUUUCCAACAAAGCCCUGUUUCCUGUCCAAAAAAUCAUAAAGUUUUGAAAAGUUCCAAAAUUUGGGCGGUCUUGAAGGUUUUACUUUAAAAAAUGAAUUUCCGAAUUUUCCGAGCACAUUUUCCGGAAAAUCAAAAAAAUUAGAAGCUUUCCCAACACACGCCUCUUUCUUGUUCAGAAAAUCAUAAAAUUCUGAAAAAUUUCAAAAUUUGGGCGGUCUUGAAGAUUUUACUUUUUAAAAAAAUGAAUUUCCGAAUUUUCCGAGCACAUUUUCCGGAAAAUCAAAAAAAUUAGAAACUUUCCCAACACACGCCUCUUUCUUGUUCAGAAAAUCAUAAAAUUCUGAAAAAUUUCAAAAUUAGGGAAAUAACUUUCCGGAUUUUCCGAGAAAAUUAUCCCGGAAAACUGGCCGAAAAUUCGGCGGGAAAAUUGAACUCUUUGAGACGAUUCCUGUUCAGAAAAAUUAUGAAAUUUUGGAAUUUAAAAAAAAAUCCAAAAAAAACUUUGGAAAUUCGUUGAGAAGUUCAAAAAAUUCUGAAAAACUCCAAAAAAAAUCCGAAACUUUUCAAAUUUUGAGAAAGUUUCUAGGCCACCAAAAUUUUAUAUUUGGGUUUCUAGGCCACCAAAAUGGUAUAUUUGGGUUUCUAGGUCAUCUCGAAAGUUUCUAGGCCACCAAAAUUUUAUACUUGGGUUUUUAGAUCAUCAAAAUGGUAUAUUUGGGUUUCUAGGUCAUCUCGAAAGUUUCUAGGCCACCAAAAUUUUAUACUUGAGUUUUUAGAUCAUCAAAAUGGUAUAUUUGGGUUUCUAGGCCACCAAAAUGUUAUAUUUGGGUUUCUAGGCCACCAAAAUGGUAUAUUUGGGUUUCUAGGCCACCAAAAUUUUAUACUUGAGUUUUUAGAUCAUCAAAAUGGUAUAUUUGGGUUUCUAGGCCACCAAAAUGUUAUAUUUGGGUUUCUAGGCCACCAAAAUGGUAUAUUUGGGUUUCUAGGCCACCAAAAUUUUAUACUUGAGUUUUUAGAUCAUCAAAAUGGUAUAUUUGGGUUUCUAGGCCAUCUUGAGGGUUUCUAUGCCACCAAACUGAAGUAUUUUUGGUUUCUAGGCCACCAAACUAAUGUAUUUGUGUUUCUAGGCCACAAAAAUAGUAUAUGUGUGUUUCUAGGCCUUUUUGAGGGGUUCUAGGCCGCCAAAAUUGUAUACUUGGGCUGAAGAGAAAACCAAAAUACAGUAGGCUUUGCGGUUUUGUAUUUUGUAUUGUAUCUUUUGUAUUGAAAUUGGAAAUAUUCGAGUUUCUGGCCCAACUCUAAUGUGAUCCAAUUUUUUCCAGGCGUUCGUGGAAGUCGUGCUGCAAGAUUCCAGGAAACACCAAUCUUAUCUCAACAUGUUCCAAAUCCAAUUCAACCAUCUUCUUCCAAUUCACCGUCUCGAUAUGAAAUGAGCGUGGAUAUGUCACAAUUGACAAUUGGAGAAUUGAGUCGAUCGAGAUUGGGAGGAAUAAAUGAGGUUGGUUUUUGGAGGAAGAGGAUGGGAAAAUUUUGAUAUUAUAUUUACAAAUUUAACCCCCAAUUUAACCCCCUGAAAAAGUUUGGUUGUAUGUUCAAAUAGUGUCUUAUGGGGAGUUGUUGAAUUAAUUCAAAAAAAAUUAGUCUAGAAUCAUACCGGCGCCAUUUUUCAAUAAAAAAAAUGAUUUUAUCCUAUGCUUUCAUGUACCAAAUCAGGCCUGUGCCGGAAAAUCGAAACCCGGAAAACGGAAAGUCGGAAAAUUGAUUUUUCCGUGAAAAAACCGGAAAAUCCGGAAAUUCGGAAAAUUUCCGGCACAGGCCUGUACCAAAUUAAAAGUUUGAUAACUGUUCUCCAAAAAACUGAAAAGAGGACAAAAAAAGUUUACGUUUUUACAAAUAAUGUCUUUUAAAGGCUCUUUCUGGAAACGCUUCGAAUUCUGUUAAUUUGUAUGAGGAGAAGAAGGCGGAAUUGAAGCGAGAAGUUUUGCAAGAAGUUCAUCAUGCGAAUGAGGAAUUGCAGUGAGUUGCUUAAAUUUGAAAUUUGAAUUUUUGGCGCGAAAAUUGCAUUAUAUCGAAAUAGAACAGAAAAAAUUCUUGAAAAAUCGUUAAAAUUAUCUGAAUUUUCUAUUUUUCGCCAAAUUUUCAGAUGUUUCAGAACCCUCGAUUUUUCUAGGCCACCCAAAAAAUAUAGUUGGGUUUCUAGGCCAUCUCAAAGAUUUCUAGGUCACCAAAAUUGUGAAUUUGGAUUUCUAGGCCAUUUCAAAGAUUUCUAGGUCACCAAAAUUGUGAAUUUGGAUUUCUAGGCCAUUUCAAAGAUUUCUAUGUAGGCCAUAUUUGAAGCUUCUAAUUUUCAGAUAUUUUUUCAAGCCCUCAAAAACCGAUUUCCAGAAAAUUCUUGAACAAUGCUGGAUAUACCGAUCUUCGUUGGAUGCUAUCUGAAAAUGGUAAAGACAGUGAGCAAAUGUUUGAACUACCUGAAAUGUUAUUGGAAAGAAAUGCUGAAUUGACUGCACAACCAGAUGCGAUUCCAGCAUUGCUGAAAAAAUUGAGAGGUAUUUUAUAAGUUUGGGGGUCUAAGCCACCAAAAUGGCAUAUUUGGGUUUCUAGGCCAUCUCAAAGAAUUAUAGGCCACCAAAGCUAAACAUAUUUUCUUUUUUUCAGAAAGUUGUGAUACUUCUCGUGUUGCUGAAGCCAAAUUGAAUGAGCUGAUUGGGAAAUUGAGAUUGAUUGAUUUGCCAAGAUUGGUGAGAUUUUGAACAAAAUUCAAAAAAACAUUCAAAAAAUCUUUUAGAAAAAUGACAAGGAAUAUAUUUUGAUAUCAAAAGAUUUGGAUAAAUUGCACGAGCAUUUGACACAAGAAAAAUCCAUUAAUGUUGAGUUGAACAAAGCAAUUGCGGCACAUUCAUCGAAUUUACAAAUUCUGAGUUCACCACUGUCUGAAAUUCGCCAAAAACUUUUGCCGCAAAAAUCUGAAACUGCAACAAAAUCGAAAGAAGAGCAAUAUUUGAAGAGAAUCAUUGAGAAAAUUGAGGAGAUGAGAAAGGAACGAGCAAAAUUGUUGGAUGAAUUGGAAGUUGAACUAAAUCAGGAUGAUAUUUCGAAAGAACUCUUGGAUCAGCGAGAUUUAUCACAUGAAGAAAUAUUCAAGAAAGAGUUGAGAAAACAUGACGGGACUAUCAAAUGUUUCCGGAUGAAUUUGAGGGAUCAGGAGAAGAUUUUGAAUACGUUAGCGAACGUUGAUUUUUGUGACGAGAGGAUCAAUAAGAAUCGUGAGGAUUUCAACAAACACGUUAUGAUUUUGUUGACGGCUUAUGAUUGUUUCAAAGAUGUUUCGAAUAAAGUUGACAAUGCCGAGAAGUUUUAUCGACAAUUGAUGGAGAGAUGUGAUCAGAUUGGUAUUUCGAUUCAGGCGAUUGAAAUUGAGUGUGAGUUGAGAUGCGGAAGGUUUCCGGAUUUUUUGAGGCGCAAUAUUCAGAAAAUUUCCAACAAAGCUCUGUUUCCUGUCCAAAAAAUCAUAAAGUUUUGAAAAGUUCUAAAAUUUGGGCGGUCUUGAAGAUUUUACUUUUUAAAAAAAUGAAUUUCCGAAUUUUCCGAGCACAUUUUCCGGAAAAUCAAAAAAAUUAGAAACUUUCCCAACACACGCCUCUUUCUUGUUCAGAAAAUCAUAAAAUUCUGAAAAAUUUCAAAAUUUGGGCGGUCUUGAAGAUUUUACUUUUUAAAAAAAUGAAUUUCCGAAUUUUCCGAGCACAUUUUCCGGAAAACCAAAAAAAUUAGAAACUUUCCCAACACACGCCUCUUUCUUGUUCAGAAAAUCAUGAAGUUUUAAAAAGUUCCAAAAUUGUUGGAGCACUUCUUUUUUUUUAAAACCGCAAAUUUUGGAAAAUUUCCAACACGUCUUUUUCCUGUUGAGAAAAUCAUAAAAUUCUGAAAAAUUUCAAAAUUAGGGAAAUAACUUUCCGGAUUUUCCGAGAAAAUUAUCCCGGAAAACUGGCCGAAAAUUCGGCGGAAAAAUUGAACUCUUCGAGACGAUUCCUGUUCAGAAAAAUUAUGAAAUUUUGGAAUUUAAAAAAAUCCAAAAAAAACUUUGGAAAUUCGUUGAGAAGUUCAAAAAAUUCUGAAAAACUCCAAAAAAAAUCCAAAACUUUUCAAAUUUUGAGUGAUCCUUAAGAUUCUCAUUCAUACUUUUUCGAAAAACCAGAAAACUUUCAAAAAAUUUUUUUCUUUUCCAGUCCACGCAGAAAUCGAUAAAGGAGAAAGAGAAAAACGAGAAAUGGAAGAACGCAUGAACGCGGCAAAAAGACAACGAGAAGCACGAGAAGAUUUUGGUGGUUCAAUGCACACGGCUCAAAAUGAGAUGGAUGCUCCUCCUGCACCUGGUUCAGUUGAUUCCGGACAUCCAAAACAUCGCGAUUUUAUGGAUCGAUCGAAACUUGCGCCGAUUGAUCAACUGCCACGAGAACAUUCACCAAAUCCACCACAACAAGAGUCUAUGUCACAAUUGACAACUGGAGAAUUGAGUCGAUCGAGAUUGGGAGGAAUGAAUGAGGUUGGUUUUUGGAGGAAGAGGAUGGGAAAAUUUUGAUAUUAUAUUUACAAGUUUAACCCCCAAUUUAACCCCCUGAAAAAGUUCGGUUGUAUGUUCAAAUAGUGUCUUAUGGGGAGUUGUUGAAUUAAUUCAAAAAAAAUUAGUCUAGAAUCAUACCGGCGCCAUUUUUCAAUAAAAAAAAAUGAUUUUAUCUUAUGCUUUCAUGUACCAAAUUAAAAGUUUGAUAACUGUUCUCCAAAAAAACUGAAAAGAGGACAAUUCAAGCUGAAAAACGCGGUUUAGUUUGAGCUGAGAUACGAAUUUUCAAAAAUAAAAGGUUUUUUGAGUUUUUGGAAAAAAAUCUCAUGAAAGAAAUUUUUACUUACAAAAUCCCCUUUGAGUUUUUUUUCAUAACUCCCCGUAAGACACUAUUUGAACUUACAACCGAACUUUUUCAGGGGGUCACAUUUGGGAUCUAUUCCUUGUUAGUAAGACAUUGAAAACAAUAGUGAUAAAAAUGAAGUCUCACUUUUCUGAAACAGUGAUUUUUUUUCGAAAAGUCGAAAAUUUGAUUUUUGGUGCCAAAAAUUAUUUUUCUGAUUUUUUUUCGAAAAAAAGAUGCAAUAUCAAAAAUAUAGAAUUGUAAGAUGAUUUCUCAAUUUUUCUGAAUUUUUAGUGCCAAAAAUUAUUUUACAAAUAAUUUCAAUUAUAUAAAAAAUCUUUCUAAUGCAUCGUGCAAAGUGAGAAAAAAAUGCGAAAAAUCAAAAAAAUAACGCAUUUUUCUUGCGAGUUCUUGUGUUUUUCGAACCAAAAAUGACAGAAAUUAAAAGAAUUUGUCUGGAAUUGUGUCCAAAGGGAUUUUGUAAGUAAAAAUUUCUAACAGAAGUUUUUUGGGAAAAAUUUUUUUGGAGAAUUUUUUGAUUCUGAACUUUAAAAAAUUGAAACUUGGGUUAGAGUUGACUAAAUUACUCGAUCAAAAAAUCAAAAUUCAGAUUGUAUUGACUGAUGAUGAUGAAGCGGACAAAUCUGAAGAAGAAGAAGAAUUUCGAAAAUUCUUAAAGAUGCCAAAAGCUUCAAUAAAAGAGAAAGUGAGUUGAUAUUGAACUGAUUUUGUAAUGAAUCAUCAACACAUUUCCAGUUUACCCUCAUAUCAGAGCUCAAAAAAGCUCAUCCGGAGCUUCUAAAUUUGAACGACACGAAGUUGAAGGAAAAAUUGGGAUCGAGUCUUCAUAACGUAAGUGUGCUAAAUGUUUUUUUUAAUUGCCAAUCAAUUUUAUUUGUUCAGACUGUUUGUAACUUGUGGAAAAUUGAAGAGGACGAGGAGCUUAAAAAGGUUAUGAUAGAACUAUCACCCGAACAUUUUAUCUCUGUUCAUUUAUGUAGAGAAUUAUCAAUUCUGUUUAAUGCUCGAAAGAAGAAGGAGAUAUUGUAUUGGUUGAAACAAUUCAAUGAUAAAACGACGAGUGAAGAUAUUAAGAGAGUAAGUUUGAAACAACACCAUCUGUUUUUUAUAACUAUUAUCAUUCAGAGAAUUGUUGCGGAAAAGGCGAAGAACAAGAAGAAGAAUUAG